AUAAUGAGAACAAAAUUACAAAUUAAGAGAAAUAGAAUGGUAUUAAGAUAUGCUUGUGUCUGAUUAAACAAUAUGCUGCAUGUUACAAUACAGGCACACAUCAUUAUGACAAACACUGGCCUGAACUACAACCAAACACACUAUUCACAUAAAUACAGUCACUGUAAAAAUUACAAUAGCAUAACAUCAGCUUCACUUUACACACCUACAACGAGCACAGAAUGGCUACAGUAAUCAUACAUACUACUAUUUGUUUGGUUUUUUAGGACGCUACAAGUCAGGCUCAAAACACCGUCACACAUGGCUGAAAAGUGCACAAAAGCUGUUGUGGUGGUCCUUUAAACCAUAGAAGGAAGAAUACGAGAGGUCCGUGAAGGCACCAUGUGACGGACAGUCCUGCAGUCUAAUCCAGAGCGCGAGGAUGCAUAGCAGCGGUGUUAUGUGUCGAACGAACAUGGCUAAGUACUUAUUGUGGCUGUGAUUGACGAAAGCCUGCUAAUACUUUGGCCAUUCAGCCUACACAUAUCAUUUCUGGACUUGAGACUGUCAGGUUGGUCGGUUUCCUCCGGAUCCGGACUUCGCAGACGUUACGUUGGGACAAUGGAAUCUAACGUUAUCCCGGACAGCGUCCGCCCUCAGAGGCUACAGCCUGGGAUUGGAUUCGGCUCAGCACCGACCGGGCCCCUCCGCUCCUCUCUCCGUCCCGGGGUGACGGUCCCCAUCGCGCCGCUGCUGCCCUCCCCGGCUUCUCUGGCCGCUUCGUCCGGCCCUCCACCGCCGCCGCCUCCGCUGCAGCUGCACAGCCUUUACGGAGGAGUCGGAGCCGGGCUGGGGCCGGGGGCUACCGGCCACUGUAACCCUGGGAACCCGGCGGUGCUGAAGGAGGCGGUGGAGGCUGUGGUCCGCAGCUUUGCCAAACACACACAGGGUUAUGGCAGAGUAAACGUGGUGGAAGCCUUACAGGAGUUUUGGCAGAUGAAGCUAACCAGAGGGGCUGAUCUGCGGAACGGAGCGCUAGUUGUUUAUGAAAUGGUCCCAUCCAACAGCCCUCCAUAUGUUUGCUAUGUCAGUCUUCCAGGAGGCAGCUGCUUUGGAAGUUUCCAGUUCUGUCCCACCAAGGCAGAGGCGAGACGCAGCGCGGCCAAGAUUGCCCUCAUGAACUCUGUUUUCAAUGAACACCCCUCUCGUCGCAUCACAGACGAUUUUAUUGAGAAGAGUGUGAGUGAGGCCCUGGCCUCCUUUAAUGGGAACAGAGAAGAGGCUGACAAUCCCAACACAGGAAUUGGGGCUUUUCGCUUCAUGCUCGAGUCCAACAAAGGAAAAUCCAUGCUUGAGUUUCAGGAGCUGAUGACUGUAUUCCAGCUGCUGCACUGGAAUGGAAGCCUCAAAGCCAUGAGAGAACGACAGUGUUCCCGACAGGAGGUGCUGGCUCACUAUUCUCACCGGGCUCUGGAUGAUGACAUGCGCACUCAGAUGGCUGCCGACUGGGUGAAUCGAGAACAGAGCGUAGCAGGCACUAUUGCUCAGGAGCUGGCCUCCACGGAGCGAGAGCUGGAGGAUGCCAGGCUGGCCGGCCGAGAACUGCGUUUUUACAAAGAGAAGAAAGAUAUCCUGAUGUUAGCUGUAGGUCAGCUCAGUGCGGCCAACACUGCAACCCUGCCUUCACACUAAACCUACCGUCUGUGGUGGACACGUCUUCACAUUCCUUUGGACUCCUGGUAACAAACAGUAUUGAACAUUUCAUACAUAUAAGGGUGAUUUGUCUGAACUUUUAGGUUAUGUUUCUUUUGUUUUCUUAUGAGGACCAGUUAAUCAGGCCUUGACUGUGUACAUCCAUCCAUGAAACAAAUACCUGCCACUAUAGCCGUUACCUCUUUGUGCCUAGUUGUUACAGGAUAACAGUGCUUUUUAAAAAUGACCUGUAAAUAUGCUUUGCAUACCAGCUGACUGGUAUGGUUCCUACUUAACUCAAAGUAGAUCUACAGAAAAAACCUGCCUUUCAUCAGUGACUGUACAGGACAUACGUUGACAGUCAAACAAACACUUAUAAGGUGAAGAUCGGACCAGGGUGUUUCUUUACUUACAUUUAUGUAUUUCUUUGGACAUAUUUUCCACUUUAAAAUGGUAAAAUAUAUGGAUCUUAAAACCCUGAUAGAAAGUACCCUGUGUGCAUUAAUAAACUAAACAUAGUAGUGAUUAUGCAGAUAGCAAACAAUCAGCAAUUAAGGGGACAGAAGAUCCCACCAGAUUUUAGCAUAUCAGGAUCAGUUUUUCCAUGAGUACAUGAUCCUGUUAUGCUUGUUAUCAUGUAUAGUGUAAGUAUGUGAAAAUUGCACCAGAAUUCCGGUAGAAACAUUUAUUGGCUCAUGUAAUAAGUUGUGGGUACUUUGCCAAAAUGUCAGCAGGUGAACCAUUGCUCUGACAGCAGCUCAGGUUUUUGAAAAAUCAGAUAAUGAGCCAUCACUUUGAUUUUGUUUUUAUGUUUGUUUGUGAAGGCGUUUGACAACAUUUUUACCGUUCAUUUACCUUAAUUUUUACCUGUCAACCAUGACACAAGCCGAAUGUAUAUUUUCAGUGUGCUCUUAAGUAAAGGACCUGCAAAGCAA